UGUUGCAGGUGGGGUCGUGGCUUUGGCUUGGUGGCAGGCUUCUUGGGGUCCCACAGCCUGUUCAACCAACCUAACAGUAUUUUUGGGAUCGCCUUCUACAUCCUGCAAAUCCUUCUAGGCUUCUCCAACAGCGGCUUGGCGGUCAUUGCUCUUCUAGGUUCCUCCCUUGUCUCCAUCGCUGGCUCGCUCUACCUGGCCUACAUCCUCUUCUUUGUGCUCCAUGACUUCUGUGUGGUUUGUAUCAGCACGUACCUCCUCAACUCGGUCCUGCUCUUCCUCAACUACAAGCGACAUGGCUAUCUCAACCAGGUCUGGCAGAACCACGCUCCCAAAGCCAAACGUCAAUGAGGUGAUGACCCCUCAGGCUGUUGGUGAUCCUGUUGAUGGUACAGCUUCACAUGGACUUUGCUUACUCCUGCAAUUUUUUUUAUAACCAUCAUUGGUUUUGUAUAACACUAGCAUGCAUCUCCAGUCUGGAAGUCCCUCAUUCAUCCCUCAGAUCAGCGACUCAGUGUUUACCUUUCUGGUGGUCAUGGCAGUCCAUUCUCCAUUUUGGGAUUAAAAUGGAUGCCACCUUUGGUUGUGCUACCCUGCAGAAAUGUCCAUCAAUCUUUUUUUUUAAGAAAAGCAUUUUUAAUGUCUAUUUUCUUAGCUGAUUCUUUCUUCCUUUACGUCGUUUUUAUACAAAGCAAUUUGUACAAAUGUAGUUAUUGCGAAUAAACGUAACAUGUUAAGCUAUUGAAGUGUUUUUAAUUGGGGUGAUACACAGUUGAGCAUAACUUGGUUGUUAGAGGACCACAUAGUACAGGUUAAAGUGGAAAUAAUAGAAGACAUUUUUAAAUUGUAAGGUCCUUCGGGCAGAGACCACUCUUCUUGUAUUCUGUAAUCAUGCACAUUGUUGGUGCUGUAUAAAUAAAUGGAAGUUCAAC